CUUCUGCCGCGAUCGGUCGCUUCGGUCUAUAACUUUGUUGAUUUUGCAAAUUGGUGGCGCAGUUGCGUUUUGAUUUCUGUGCUGGUGUGAGAGUGUUGAGUCGGAGAGGAACAGUCAUCACUUUGUCAAUCAAUCACUCCGAAAAAUAUACCCAAAUAACAAACGAAUUUUGUAUGUAAAAGCGAAUUUAUUAAAAUGUGGAAACUAUUGCUGAUUUGUAUAGUAAUGAGCGCCCUCAACAGCGAAGCGGUGCGUACGACGCGCAGACGUCGCAACAAUGUCGGCAGCUAUUCGGGAAGCUACUCCAACAGUAAUGGUGCUAACGGUGGCUACACAGGCACCUACAACGGCAACGGUGGCGGCGUUCAUGUGGGUACCGGAAACUACGACUACGACGACUAUGAUGGCUAUGGUGCUGGUUUCGGUGGCUAUGGCAUCAUCGAUCCCUAUCUGUUCCAUCAGCAGUUGACGAAUCACGUGCUGGCGCAGAACUUGGCAACGCAACAAGCUAUAACGGGUCUGGCCACAGCUGGUGACGCUUUUGCAUUUGCGGAUGCAACCAUAGACAACGAAGACACGCGCAUACGUCAGCAGAUAGCCGCCCAACAGGCAUACAACGACAAUAUUGUGCGCCAAAACCGCUACAGACCGGCCACCAACUCCGGAUCCUACAACCUACACCGUUACGCUCCCAGCUACGCUGCAGCCGCAGGAUCCAUUGGUCCCAACGGUCACAGACAAACUGCAUACAUAAGCCCCGCCAAUCCGGCUCAACCCAACAUUGUGAACCGUUUCGGUGGCUCGAGCAGCAGCGGCGGUGGAGGCGGAGGUGGUGGCUACAAGGGCGUCUCGGUCUCCUCGUUCAGCACGAGCAAUGGGGAUGGCACCAGCCGUCGUGGUGCACAGACCACCAUCAAUGACAAUGGCAAAGUGACGUCGUAUUCGGUGCACUCGUAGAUCGGUUGAUAAAGGCCUUUAUAACCAAUCGUACCAAUACAACAAUAACAAAACUAACAACAUGUUUAUUUAAAUCCUAUAAGCACAAAUAUAUAUUUUAUAUGUAUUUACACGCA